AUGUCAUCUUUGUUUGGAACUGCUUAUAAUCGUGCCGCUACCAUGCCAAAUGCAGUGUCUGCUUUCUCAAAAACCGGAAUUUGCCCACUGAAUCCCAAUAUUUUUACAGAUGUUGAUUUUGCACCAUCACAGACUACUGAAAUAUUAUUUGUACCAACAACAAAUGAAAGUUCUCAGGAUGCAUUGCCUCGAGUAAAACUUCCGGCCCCGCAAGCAGGAACAUCUAUAGAAGGACAAACGUUUUCAAAUUCUAUUAGUCUUGUAUCACCGAAAGAUAUCAUGCCAAUUCCUCAUUUUAAAAAGAACAUGUGUCCAUCGUUACGUCGAAGAAAAACCGCAAUUUUGACUGAUUCGCCGUAUAAGAAUGAACUGGCUAAAAAAGCUACGCCGUCAGUAAGUAAAAUAAAAUUUAAAAGCAAAGGUAAGGGUAUCGGGAAAAAAGCGAAUAAAGAAAACUGUGAAGAGGAUUCGAAGUGUUUGUUUUGUGGUGAAAAGUAUAGUCAAACUAAGUCCACAGAUGAAUGGUACCAAUGCACCGCUUGUCUUAAAUGGGCUCAUGAAAGUUGCAUUGGUUGUUCUGAGCAAGAGUUAUUAUUUUUUGUAUGCAAAAACUGCGAAUAA